CCGGCUUCAGCCACCUUUUUGUUGUUUUAAGAUGAAUAUCAUGGAGGUUCUCUUGUAGUCUUUGUUUUUGGAAAGUAGAUUAGUUAACUUUGCUGACAAAAAACAGCCAGGAUAGGCCAGAUUAGUAGCUACGCAUCGUCUUUGUGUCGUUGAACACUUCAAAUUUUUUAUUUUGCGCAUAUAUAAAACUCUUAGAAACUCUUUCACUUUCGUAUUCUCUGUCACGCACAAGGAAAUUAGCUAUCCACGACACUUUGUCAGUCAGCUUCGUCGUUUUAUAAAACCCAACACUUGAACAGUAGAAUAUAAACAGAAGAAAAUUAAUCCAGUUUAAUACAGAAUGGCUCUCUUCGACGUGAGCGGUUUUAAAGAUUAUUCUGAGCUCCGCAGGCAGAUUCAUCCCGGCGGGAAGACGCACCUCGUCGACCGGACCAACCACUACAAUUUUGGGGCAAAAACCCAGGAGUUUGCAGUUCCUCUGGGUGUAGAUCCGUCAGGGUUCAUCAGGUCCUGCAGCCGUGACGGAGGUGUGUGUAUAGAGCUGGACCACGGUACGACCACUCUGGCCUUCAAGUUCAGACAUGGAGUCAUCGUGGCUGUGGACUCCAGAGCAUCAGCUGGACGUUACUUAGCGUCUAACGACGUCAACAAGGUCAUAGAGAUCAACCCCUACCUGCUGGGCACCAUGUCGGGCAGCGCUGCAGACUGCCAGUACUGGGAGAGACUGCUGGCCAAAGAAUGCAGGCUGUACAGGCUGAGGAACAACCACAGGAUCUCUGUUGCUGCUGCCUCCAAGCUGCUGUCCAACAUGAUGCUGGGUUACAGAGGUAUGGGCCUCUCUAUGGGCAGCAUGAUCUGUGGAUGGGACAAAGAGGGUCCUGGUCUGUACUACGUGGACGAUAACGGGACGCGUCUCUCUGGUCGUAUGUUCUCCACCGGCUGUGGUAACAGUUACGCGUACGGUGUGGUGGACAGCGGUUACCGGGAAGACAUGACGGUGGAGGAGGCGUAUGAGCUGGGCCGUCGGGGCAUCGCUCACGCUACACACAGGGAUGCUUAUUCUGGAGGAGUGGUGAACAUGUACCACAUGCAGGAGGACGGCUGGAUAAAGGUGUGUAAGGAGGACGUGUCAGAGCUGAUCCACCGCUACAGGAAGGGAAUGUUCUGAUUCUGACCCGUCAGCCUCAGCUCUCUGAACAUGGUCCAAUGAUUUGUGUCUUUCCAAAGUGAAAUUUCACAUUUGUGAAAUGAAUGAAUCUCUUUGUCUCACAGCAGAGUGUAGGGACCAGAGAAAGUCUGUGGCUGAUUUAAAAUGAAAAUGGAUUGUAAGAUUUUACAAUAAUACUUACAACUAUUUUUCUCUACAUAUGAACCUGAUCUUUGCAGGAUCUGUUUGUCAUCGUUAAGAUGUUCAGAUGUUGGUUUGGUUUUUGUUCGUUGUAUUCUGUAACAUCGAUACUCCACAUGGUUCAGUGUGGUAAUCUGUGGUUUGUUGACAUCCUGUUGAGAUUUUACAACACAGAGAUCCAAAUAAAGACUGUUGUUCAUCUCA